AUGGGCCUCUCACUUGACGCGAGGAGUCGACAGCUGUCGAGGCGUCUUUCUUCUUUUGGAAUGACAGAGGGGAAUGUCUUUGGCAGUUUGGCGCCAAACGCCCCCGCAGAGCCCCCCGCCUCUGUAGAUGCCGUGCUGAAGGAACAGGAACCAACCGGAAAAGUGCAUCUCCAUUCUGCGGACCUCUUUGAACGGUCUUCUCCCUUACAGCGCCUGCGACGGGCGUGGCGGUGCACGCUGCCUUCAGCACUGGAAAGCUCGCACCUGCGGCUGGUGGAGUCGGAGUGCCCCGUAGAUCAUCCUUCGCUCCGGCAAACAGCUGAAGUGCAGCAGCAGCUGCGGGGUUUCUUCCCGGCCACCUUUGGGAAGAAGUAUGUGGAGGUGGUGCCCGGCAUGGGCAGCGGCGUCGCCUCACCGAAGGAUCCGCCCGAACACCCGCUCUCGAAAGCGCUAAGAAUUGGAAUUGUCUUAAGUGGCGGCCCCGCCCCAGGAGGCCACAACGUCAUUGCUGGCCUGUAUGACUUCGUCAAACAAAAGCACCCUGAGUCAAUGCUCGUCGGGUUCAUGGGUGGACUCGAUGGUGUUAUGAACCAAAACUACACAGUGGUAACUGAGGAGCUAAUGGAAGAUUUCAGGAACCAGGGCGGCUUCGACAUGCUCUGGUCUGGCCGCGGGCGCGUCGGGGGAGAAGAGGACAUUCAGCGCGCAAGAGAGGUGUGCGAGUCGCUGGAGCUGCAUGGGUUCGUGCUAGUGGGUGGUGACGGGUCGAAUAGCAACGCGGCGCUGCUGGCGGAGUCAUUUGAAAUAGAGCUGCCGAGCUGCUGCGUGAUUGGCGUGCCCAAGACGAUUGACGGAGACCUGAAAAACGCUUUGAUUGAGGCUUCCUUUGGGUUCGACACGGCCGCAAAGACGUACUCGGAGCUCAUAGGGAACUUGUGCAUCGACGUUAACAGCUCACAGAAAGUUUACCACUUCGUGAGGGUCAUGGGGCGCAGUGCCUCGCACCUUGUCUUGGAGUGCGCAAUGCAAGCCCGCCCAAAUUUGGUCUUCAUCGGAGAAGAAGUGGAAAGAGAAAAUAUGUCCCUCGAACGCAUCGUUCAGGAACUGGUUGACCUUGUUGUCAAGCGCGCAGAACAAGGCAAGAUGUACGGCGUCAUCCUCGUCCCUGAAGGUCUUAUUGAAUUUAUUCCAGAGAUGAAGCAACUCAUCAAAGAACUCAACAGCGUUCUGAAGACCGGACAGCCCUUCAAGCCAGAGCUGCUGAAGACAACUCGCGCUGUUUGGGAUUUCCUGCCUGAUGUCAUUCAAGAUCAGCUGCUCAUGGACAGGGAAAGCACGGGAUAUAUUCAGGUUGCGAAGAUAGCGACCGAGAGGCUUUUGAUUUUACUGUUGGAAAAUGAACUGGUAAAGCAGGGCAAAGAUCCGGAACAGUGGAGUUUUAUGCCGCAUUACUUCGGCUACGAAGGCCGCUGCGCCAUGCCUUCGAACUUCGACGCAAAUUACUGCUACUCUCUAGGCUUUGUCGCAGGUGCACUUGUUGACAACAGAAGGAACGGAUACAUGUCUGUUGUGCGCAACCUGGAUCAACAUCCCACGCUCUGGACGCCAGCAGGUGUUCCUUUCACGACAAUGAUGUGCGUCAAGGAGGACGCCAAAGGCGUCGCUUUCCCCGCUAUCACGCGUUCCCUAGUGGACCUUGACGGACCGCUCUUCAAAGUUUUUUGCGAGGCUCGGGAGCACUGGAAGUUUGGCGACUACUACCGGGUGCCAGGGCCUAUUCAGUUUGAAGGGCCUACGGCAGACGAACCCGCAUAUGCAGUGUCAAUUCCGACGAAGGAGGAGCUCCUGCAUCAAUCCGAGGCUAUUUACCAUGUUGGCUUUGGGGGACGGGUAAUCAAGAGCUUCGGCUUCCUCAGCGCUCUACAACGCGAACGACUGACGCAUCGGCCGCCCGUGCCUCCACUUUGCCUGGAUCCAAAGUGCAAGGCGAGGCCGAUGAAACAGGUUUUGUGCAAGGACCCCUAUACCCAGCGUCAGGUGCUGAUGCACUAUCCGUACUUGGCGAACAGUACUUUAUUCUAUCUUCACGAAGUGGCGCACGAUAAAUACACUCCACCCAUCAACUACGGGCUCCGUGUAGGGUUCGUUUUGUUGUCGAGACAGAGCCCUGGUGUGAUGAACGUUCUCUGGGGCCUGCACGAGCGACUGAAGAUGGUGCAAGGCAAAUGCUUGGCUUUCUUUGGUCUGACGGGUUUGAUUGAGAAGAAUUACAUUGAAAUUACGGAUGAGAAUCUUGAAUUGUUCCUCAACCAGGGUGGUUGCGAGCUUACGGGGCGCAGCACCUCGCAUUGUCUGGGGUCCAUUGAAAAUCAAGAAGCUGUGAGACAGCGCUGCGAAGAGCUGAUGCUGGACGGGUUAGUGAUGCCUGGCUCGGCGUUUGCUAUGUCUGAGGCUGCGCUGGUUGCUGAGUAUUUCUGGACGGGCAGCAACAAUUUAGCUGGCGAGUUCAUCGAGACGUGCGUCGGAUUCGACAGCAGCACCAAAGUAUAUGCGGCGCUCAUCGGCAACGUCCUCACGGAUGCCGCAUCAAUGCCCAAGUACUGGCACUUCAUCAGGCUCAUGGGCAGGCAACCUUCCUUUGAGGUGUUGGAGUGUGCAUUGCAAACCCAUCCGAAUGUGGUAAUCAUAGCGGAGGAGUAUGGGGCUGCCGACAAGACACUUCUGCACGUCGUACAGGACAUUGCAGACGUCGUCUGCCGUCGUGCGGAGUUGGGAAGGAACUUCGGGACGGUCUUAAUUCCAGACGCGCUUUUAAUGCACCUGCCGAACAUGAAGAUUCUGUUGGCAGAGCUCCGAAGAAUCAUCAGAGAAGCACAGGCGAAGGGAGAGAUGAAGAAGGCCCAGCAACAACUCAUGGAUGUGGAUAGUUGGGCCUCAAACGAACCGGACAGCUGGAACUGGCGACUAACACCAUGGAGCGCUGCCCUGUUCAAGACGUUCCCGAAAUUUAUCCGCAGAGAGCUCGUUCAAGUAGACAUGGGGGAGAUUCGCUUCGAACGCCUAGAGACGGAGGAGCUAUUAGCCCAAAUGGUCAAGGAGGAGCUGGAGUACAGGGCAUCCAUAGGCCGCUACUCUGGAAAGUUCCAGGCGGUGACGCACUUCUUUGGUUACCAAGGAAGGUCAUCAAUGCCAUCGACAUUCGAUGCGAAUUUGGCAUACGCUUACGGCAACCUGGCGUCGAUCUUAGUGGAGUCGGGCGUGACGGGUCACUGCUGCAGCAUCCGCGGGUUAUGCGGGAACCCGAAAGAAUGGCAUCUAGGCUCUGUGCCCUUCGUGUCGCUGAUGCGGCUAGUGCCUAAUGUCCAGGACAAUCCGACUUUAACUGCCGCGACGCAUAAAACAGGCACAUCGGCUGCAGACGGGAUAGUGGACCGCACUUCAAGGACCCCAAGCGUCACUGAGCAGCCUGUUAUUCCCAGCUCCGAAGUCAGCCUAGACGGCAAGGCUUACAGAUGGAUGAAGACAGCUUUGGAACAGUGGAUGAUGGAAGACCGGUUCUGCAAUCCUGGGCCUAUCCAGUUUUACGGCGUCGGCUCGACUUUCUUUAACAGGGUGCUGUACGAAGAGCAGGCAGAGUAUUUUGACAUGGUGCGACGUGUCGAAUGUUACACCAACAUACUGCGAAACACUUGCAGCUUUGGAGUGUCUGACCACAUCCUAAAGCACGCUUUCGUCUCGCUCACAGGGUUGCUCAUGCUAGUUUUCCACUCCGAUGAGCUGACAACGCGUAUGCCAGCCUUAGGCCAAAGUGACGAAACAGACUUCACAGACCUAGAACCCGCAGGGCUCCGCAAGACAACGUGGAGAGACCAAGCGGACCACCUGGGGCGACAUUCGACAGCUCCGGCAGCACCGAAGCCCCCGGGCAACUGA